AUGCAGCGAGCUCUCUCUGCUACCUCCAGGGCUUCGGUCCUCUCGUCCGCUGCUUCUACCCGGACUCAACUCUCCCAAUUCCGACCAGCUCUUGCUGCUGGCAUUAGCCUUCAGCAGCAGCGUUACGCUCACAAGGAGAUCAAAUUCGGUGUUGACGCCCGCGCCUCGCUUCUAAAGGGUAUCGACACUCUUGCAAAGGCUGUUACUGCUACAUUGGGUCCCAAGGGCCGAAAUGUUUUAAUAGAAUCCCCAUACGGCUCCCCAAAGAUCACAAAGGAUGGUGUCACCGUCGCCAAGGCCGUUGCUUUGGAAGAUAAAUUCGAAAACUUGGGAGCUCGUCUUCUCCAGGAUGUAGCUUCAAAGACCAACGAAGUUGCUGGUGACGGAACUACCACCGCCACUGUUCUCGCCCGUGCUAUCUUCUCCGAAACCGUUAAGAACGUUGCUGCUGGCUGCAACCCAAUGGAUCUCCGUAGAGGUAUCCAGGCUGCUGUUCAGUCCGUCGUCGAAUAUCUCCAGGCCAACAAGAGAGAUAUCACCACCACUGAAGAAAUUGCCCAGGUUGCCACCAUCUCUGCCAAUGGAGACCUCCUCGUUGGAAAAUUGAUCUCCAACGCCAUGGAGAAGGUUGGCAAGGAAGGUGUCAUCACUGUCAAGGACGGAAAGACCAUCGAGGACGAACUCGAGGUUACCGAGGGUAUGCGAUUCGACCGUGGUUACACUUCCCCAUACUUCAUUACCGACACCAAGACCCAGAAGGUCGAGUUCGAGAAGCCCCUUAUCCUCCUUUCUGAAAAGAAGAUCUCUGCCGUCCAAGACAUCCUCCCAGCCCUCGAGGCUUCCACCACCCUUCGCCGCCCAUUGGUCAUCAUUGCUGAAGACAUUGAUGGCGAGGCUCUCGCUGUCUGUAUCCUCAACAAACUCCGUGGCCAACUCCAGGUUGCCGCUGUCAAGGCUCCCGGAUUCGGUGACAACCGCAAGAGCAUCCUCGGUGACCUUGGUAUCCUCACCAACGCUACCGUUUUCACUGAUGAGCUCGACAUGAAGCUCGACAAGGCUACCCCUGAGAUGCUCGGCUCCACCGGAUCCAUCACCAUCACCAAGGAGGACACCAUCAUCCUCAACGGGGAAGGUAGCAAGGAUGCCAUUGCCCAGCGCUGUGAGCAGAUCCGUGGCGUCAUCUCUGACCCUGCCACCUCUGACUACGAGAAGGAGAAGCUCCAGGAGCGUUUGGCCAAGCUCUCUGGCGGUGUUGCCGUCAUUAAGGUCGGUGGUGCCUCUGAGGUCGAGGUCGGCGAGAAGAAGGACCGUGUCGUUGAUGCCCUCAACGCCACCCGUGCUGCCGUCGAGGAAGGUAUCCUUCCCGGUGGUGGUACCGCUCUUCUCAAGGCCGCUGCCAACGGUCUUGCUGACGUUAAGCCAACCAACUUUGACCAGCAGCUCGGUGUUAGCAUUGUGAAGAGUGCCAUCACCCGCCCAGCUCGCACCAUUGUCGAGAAUGCCGGCCUUGAGGGAAGCGUUGUCGUCGGCAAGCUCACCGAUGAAUUUGCUGGUGACUUCAACCGUGGAUUCGACAGCUCCAAGGGAGAGUACGUUGACAUGAUUGCUGCCGGUAUCGUCGACCCACUUAAGGUUGUCCGAACUGCCCUUGUUGAUGCCAGCGGUGUUGCCUCUCUCCUCGGAACUACUGAGGUUGCCAUCGUCGAGGCUCCUGAGCCCAAGUCUGCUCCCGCCCCUGGCGGCAUGCCCGGAAUGGGUGGCAUGGGCGGCAUGGGCGGUAUGUAUUAA